AUGGACAACCUCACAUUCAGACACAGCAUUCUCCUCCUGGAGGGACUGAAAGUUACACCUCAAUCUUCCUAUCCAGUUUUCAUUCUGCUUCUCUUGGCUUAUGUCUUUACAAUGAUAUCCAAUAUUGGACUUAUAGUUCUGAUCUCAACAGAGAAGAAUCUACAUCAUCCUAUGCAUUUUCUGUUCUGCAACUUGCCACUAAAUGAUAUAUUAGGGACUACUGUCAUUUUGCCACGUUUAAUGCAAGACAUUUUAAAGGAAACUUCAGAGCGCUAUAUCACAUAUGCAGAGUGUGUUACUCAAGCAUAUUUUGUACAUGUAUUCAUAGCUGCAUGUCACUAUGUGCUGAUAAUCAUGGCCUUCGACAGAUAUGUGGCUAUAUGUAACCCACUUAGAUAUUCAUCUAUAAUGACCAAUAAAAUGGUGGUUAAACUAUCAGCGUCAGCCUGGGGACUGGCAAUACUUUUGGUGACAAUUAUGUUAGGACUCACUGUGCGAUUGUCCCACUGCAGAUCUAAAAUUGAAAAUCCUUUCUGUGACAAUGCCUCACUGUUUAAACUGUCCUGUGAAAGUGUGGUCAUAAAUAAUGUGUAUGGAAUUAUUUAUACUGUGGCUGUACUCUGCUUUUCUGCUGUAUCUAUAUUUUUAACAUAUGUCAAGAUUGCUGCUGUAUGCAAAAGUAGCAAAAACCAAGCACUGAACAGCAAAGCUAUAAAAACCUGCAGCACUCAUUUAGCUGUUUAUUUAAUCAUGUUUUUUUCUGGCGCUAUCAUGACAUUUCUCCAUCGUUUUCCUGAAUACUCUGACAGCAGGAAACUAUCUAGUAUAAUGUUCCACAUUAUACCACCAGGAUUAAAUCCCUUAGUAUAUGGAUUACAAACCAAAGAGAUACGACAAAAAAUGGCUAAACUUUGGUGGAGAAAAAAAGUUAAUUCUUUGUAA